AGAUACUUUGAACAAGGAGGUAACCGACUCGGAGAAAGGAUUCAAAGAUUAGCAUUUAGGAACAAAUCAAGGAAACAAAGACCAUCAUCAACGUAACACCUUAAAUGUGAGAGGUCAUAAUAUGUUUUUAAAUAUUUUAUAUUAAAAAAUUGUUUUUAAGUUUUAUCCCAAUUUUUUUAGAGCUGACCGAGUCACGCAUUUAGGAACAAAUAAGGAAGAAGAAGAGAAGAAAAGGAAGAAGAAGACAUGGCGAAGCAGCUUUGCCGUCAGCUCACGUCAAUGAUCGCACAGUCUAAACCCGGCUCAGGCAUAUCGGAGUGUUCCCCAGGUAGGCUCAUCUGUUCAUCAGCUAAAAAGUUUCAGUUCCACGAAGAGAAUCGUCCAGAUCUCGCCGAGGCCAACUCGGAGGAGAAGGAGAAGGAUAAGCUUCAAACCGAAAACGUCGAUCGAGAAUCCGAAAACGGAGAGGGCGGCGGAGAAGGCGGCGGCGCUUCCUUCAAUAAAAAAGCCAGAGAAAUCGGCGGCCCUAAAGGUCCAGAGCCGACGCGCUAUGGAGAUUGGGAGAAAGGCGGCCGCUGCUCCGAUUUCUGAAAAUAAAAGCUUCAAGGAGGCAUCUUCUACAUCUCUUCUUCCAUAAAUCGCCGUGUCCGUGGUCAAAGGUACGCUGUUGGUUGUAAUUUUGAACAAUUAAAGCAAUUGGAAUAAUUGAAUUCCUUUUUCUGUUUCAAUUUGAAGAACUUUUGCAUUAAUACAAGUCCAGAAAGGUUUGAAUUCUGUGGUUAUUACCAUGAUGCUUGAAGAGUUCACAUAUUUUAUUGGUUGUGCUCAAUUUGAUGGUUACAUUCUCUGCAAAUUAGUUAUUGAUGAUGAUGAUGAUGAGCUUGUGAUUCGUUUCCGCCCUUUGAAGAUACUCCGUCCGUAUUAGGCAGCAAAUUGAAGAACACUAGAGCUAUUAACAAAGACUAAAUUGUAUGGAAUGAGAUGAUUAAGCUCAUGUUUGUAUGGGGAAAUGGAAAAUGCUAGUGUUACCCCAUAAACAUACCUCAUUUUGUACACCAGUAUAUUUUGCACUGACAAGGCACUGGUAUGCAUACUAGCAUUUUGUUUUGCCAAAAUGAUGUUUCAUGGGGUAACACUAACAAAGUCUUUUGUAUGAACAACCAUGCUAGGUGUACUCAAAGGGUUGUAUCUCAAAUCAUAUAUCAUAGAUGUGCACUGAUACUUUGAUGGUUCACGCUAACACAAAAUUUUAGUGAGAUUGAAAAAUUUUGCACAAGCAUUUCGUGGCAGCUUAUACAUGUCGGUGCACACUUAUGGUGUACAGCGUGAGGUACUACCUUUAAUGUACAAGUAGCUUUGUUAUUUAAUGAAUAGCGAACUCUUUA